AUGGAUCCUUAUGCCAGUCUUCGCGGAGAAUACAGUACCCUGGAUGUUGCACGCGAGAUGCAGCGAGCGGACGUGCAAGACCCCUUUGCAGGCAAUCCUUUCCGGACGGACGCUGGAUCUGACUUUCUCGGCCUUGAUUUGCCGCAGCAGCAAGAGCACAGCUCAGCCGCCCAGAGGGGCAGCCGAAUGAGUCCAGACUUCCUCCCGCUGGGAGGUUCGAUGCAGUCCAUUCCCUCACCCGCGGCCAUGAGUGGAUUGCAGGUACAUGGGACAUCUCCAAUGGCAGGCCAUAUGCCAGGCAAUGCUCCACCAACUGGAUUGGUCACACAAGAAGUGUCCCAACCCUUUGACAAGUCCGGCAUAAUGUCACCCCAAGAGCUCCAAAGCCUUUACCAGGAUGCAUCAGAUGUGCAGAUCCAGGACCCGCGAGUCCUUAGCACGAAGGUUGUGGACAAGCAGGAACAGAAAGUGUCUAAGGUUGUCACGGGCAAAAGGCAGGUCAUCACUGUUGAGAAAGUGGUUGAGAUCCCCCAAGUCAUAACGAAAGAGACCAUCAAACGUGUGCCAAAGCCAGAGAUCAUUGAGCGCAUUAUUGAGGCGGUGGUCCAGGUUCUUAUGGUCCGGGCUCUUAUGGGCCAGGUUCUUAUGGACCAGGUUCGUAUGGGCCGGGUUCUUAUGGCGCUGGUGAUGCGGGAGGUCCCGGCAGCUUCGGUCCAGGUGGACGACAAGGUCCUGCAGGUGGAUGUGGCCCUGGAAGUUACGGUGGUUUCCCCGGCGGAUGUGGUGCUGAUGGAUAUGGUCCGGGCGGCGCUGCAGGCAGUCCAGGUGGCGGUCUCGGUGCAUGCAGUGGGUUUGGAGCUGGUGGAUUUGGCGGUAAAAAUGGUUCGUGCGGUGGGGGCGCUUACGGCGAAGGUGGUCCAGGUGGCUUUGGCCCGGGUGGAGGUGGCCCAGGUGGAAACUUCUCGGGCCUCGGCUCCUUUGCCCCCGGUCCGACGGUCUUUGUGCCGGGAAUGGGGCCCUGUGGCUGUGGAGGUUGUGGUGGGCCUGGCGGACCUGGUGGGCCUGGCGGGCCUGGUGGGCCUGGUGGCUGUGGCGGGCCAGGAGGCUGCGGAGGUCCAGGAGGCUUUGGAGGUCCAGGAGGAGGGGGGGCUUGCUGUUGACUAUGGCGGCUACGGCGGGGGCGGCAUCCGUGAUGCUCUGGGAUAUGAUCCCAUGCAGCUGGUGGGUGGCCCUGGCAGUUUGGAGGAGGCGAUGCAGAACCUGGGCGGUUCCGGUGAUAGUGACCUCCCCGGGCUUCCGCCAGGAGUGGAGCCAGGCAGCAAAGAGUACAACGACCAUCUCCACAUGCUGGAAGCCCAGGGCCUGAUCGAGAUCCGCGAGGAGAUCGUGGAGGUACCGCAGGUGGUCGUGGAGGAACGAGUUGUUCAUGUGCCGGGAAGGAAGCAGAUCCAGGAGAGGCUCAUCGAAGUCCCCAAAGUGGAAUGGGUGGAGCGUGUAGAGUACGACGACUUCGUGGAGUAUCGUGAGGUGCCAGUGGAUAAAAUCAUUGAAGUGCCCGAGAUCGAGUACAAGAUCAAGCAGGUUGACCAGACGGUGCCGCAAACUUACAUCCAGGAGCAUUUCGUGGACAGGUACAAGGAAGUACCCGUGACGCAGGUCCAGGAGACAGAGCGUAUCGAGCACGUACCGGUCAUGGUGAGCCUUGGCACAGACGGCCAAAACCGCUUGAAAUUUACUGGACAUGAAGGCGCAGUUUGGGAACACACCUGGGAGAACCGGCUGACGGACGGGCGAUACACGCCUGAGCUGCACGCCUGGUUGGAUAUGGGAGGCAGGUUCAAUGCUGGAUUCGUCGUCUACGGUGAUAUCGAUGUGGAGUUUCAUGUCAACUUGCCAGAGACGGAGGCUUCUGGCUUAGACGUCCUAGCCCCUAGCACUUCAGAGAGCGACUCUCACAGCUCGGCAAGGGCACCCCAAGAUGCAGACAAUUGUUGUGUGCUGUAG